CCCCCCCCCAUUCGCCUCCUCCUUGUUCACUCCCCCCUCCCCCCCGAGCAGGGUUCCCGGCUGACGACAUGUUUGCCGCGGCCAUGCGGCAAGGCCUCCGCGCCGGCCAGCUGCCUGUGAUCCCUGGUCGGCGGUCCCUGUCCGGUUGGACCCCGCCGCAGGGUCCCGAGAAGCCCAAGCGUCCGAUGGUGGGGCUCGCUGACUUCCGGCGCCUCUUUUCCAAGCCGAACCUCACGCCGGAGGAGAUUGACCGACUCUCCCUUCGGCCCAUCACACCCGGCUUCCAUGUGUGGAACCUCUUCCUGGCCCUGCUGACGCCAGCCAUCUACUGGCUUGUCCUGUGGAAGCUCAAGAAGGAUGCCAACUUCGAGCCCGAUGCCUCGGGUAAACGCCCGGUCAACAAUCCCCUAGAACAGAUGCUUGGAAGAUCCACCCCUGAGCCGCUGAACAAUCGACGCGGCGCUGCUCUCACCGGCCCGGAUGGCACCCUUGCCAAGGAGGACCUUGCGCCGGUGGUUGCCUCCCUCGAAGAGCGAAUUGCUUUGCUCGAGCAGGAACUCCAGGCCCGCAACCCUUCGAGCAAUCUCGGGGCGCCAUCGGCGCCUGGCGCCACGCCGCCAACUUCGGCCGCCAGCCCGCCAUCCAUGGCUCAGGCAGGCGACCCUUCCGUUGACGCUCCCCCGGCCAAGGCCCCUGGCUCGGGGAGUAUGAUCGUUGACCUGCUUUUAGCCGGGGCCCGAAUCUUGAGCGAGGCACUGCGCCCUGCUGUGGAGUCGGUGGCCACCAAAAUGCUUGACCGGCUUAAUGCCGACAGGUUGCCCUUGGAACCCCCAGCGGGUGGGGAUGCCCCGCUGGCGGUCGAGCCGCCGGAGAUUGUGGCCCCUCCGGCCGAGCCGCCGCUCAUCGUUCUUGUCGAGGCGGUUGAGCCCCCGGCCGAAGCACCGGAGGAUCUCCUCCGUUCGAGUGUCCCUCCGCCGGCGGCCUCCCCGCCGGGCCCGGUGAUGCCGGUCGAGCCUGCGGUCCCGGCGCGGCCUCUGGCAGGCCGCAUUGUUCCCCCCUCCGCAACCCCUGACAGCUCGCCCGUCCGUGGGUCCCCCCUGGAGCGGAGCUGAUCCGAGAUCGCCGGCUCUUUGCUGCAUCCCCCUCCCUUCCUUUGCUCAUAGAUAUCUUCCCCGCCUUUUCCCGUGCCUGAGGGCGCCUUCUCCCCCCACGCACAGACCCACAUAGACACACGCGGACUUGCUCCCAAACACGUGCACUGCAACUGGAUGGGCCAAGUCCCUCCUUGUCCGCAAGAGAGCUCGCAAGGUCUCUCUCCGGCUGCUUCAAGUGCUUGCGAGUUCGCGUGCGUGCCCUGUGUGCCCUGUGUGCCUUGUGU